AUGAAUUAGGAACUUUAAAUAACUUGUAUCUCUUUAACUAAUAAUUUUAUUGUAGUUUGUAAUACUGAUCAGCUUUUAUUUUUCAAUAGAAAAACGAAUGAAAAAUUAUCAUAUGAGCAAAAAUAAAUAUUGGUUUACACAUUUGCUUUUGAUGAAGAGACAUCUAAAAUUGCAGUAGACUCAGAAGAUAAUUCAAUUUUGAUUUUACAAAUUGUAAAUUAGAAAAUAUAGAGAAUAUUUUAAAGCUCUCCAGCACAUUUUAACUAAAUAAGAGGCUUAGUAUUCUAUGAAUAAGGGAAAAAAUUAAUCACUUGUAGCCAUGAUGAAAUGAUAUUUAUAUGGGAUUUGGAAACUUUUCAAGUGUUACAUUAAAUUAAUUAGUUGAAAGGAAAAAUAUAACAUUUGACAUUAUUUCAUAACUAAAAAUUCUUCACAACAAUUAGCUCUGAAGGAUAUUCAUUAUUUUAUAACCUACAUAAUAGAAAAGUUUUCUAUUGUACAAAUAGAAUCAAUGAAAGAGCUUAAGAAAUAUGUGGAAUAAAAUAAAAUUUAAUGAAAAACGAGAAGGUUCUAGUAUUAAUAGAUAAUAAAAUAAAAAUGAUUAGUUUAAAUAAAUAAAAAAUUUUGAGAGUACUGUAAUUUGAUGGAGAAUAUUAAGNGUUGCCUAAGAAAUAAUGA